UUUGAUUUAAAUUUUGGAGCAAACAAUGACCCCAAUAACUUCUAUAUUCCAUUCCAAGAAUUUAAUAGAAAAGUCCACUGAUAUAUAAGAAGGAUUGAAAGUGUUACAUUUACAUAUCUUCCUCAGAAGUCUUACUGGAAAUACAACGUUAAAUAUGUUUACUAUUACCGUUUUGGCAUCAAGCUUGAUAUGUGCUGGAUUUUGCCAGUAUUCAAAUACAUAUUCUGAUCAGAAAGGACCUGCAUCACCGAUAAACUAUUAUCCAGCAGCAACUCUGCAUUAUGUAAAAAUAGGAAAGAAACUUGACGGGGAUUAUAAGUUUGGAUACGACACUGGCAAAGGGCCUUUAGGACAAAGUUUCAGAGAAGAAAUGCGUUUAGCUGAUGGAACAAUUACUGGUACAUAUGGACUGGUGGAUGAUCAGGGUCAGAAACGUGUUGUUCAUUAUUCUGCUGGAACAGGUGGUUUCGUUGCCAAAGAAGAUAAAAUUCUAAACCAAACAAUUAAACCAGUUCCACGAGUUUCUUACCAGCAGUUAAGAAAAUUUUCGACUCGAGCUCCUAUGAAAACCAUUCCGUUGCAUACAAGCAAACACUCAAUACUUGAGCAGCCUCAGAAGUACAUGCUAGUACCAUCAACUCCUUCCCUCAACAGAAAGCCAACAUCAGAACAGAAUCGAGUUGUACAAAAUCCGAUGCUCCAGACUGAAGCUUCCUUGCAUUCUGACAAACCCAGUACUUCCCUCACUGGAGCGUACCAUGAAUCUAAACCGAUAUACCAGGGGAAGCCUCAAUAUACCUCUGUAGAAGAAUACAGAAUGCCCCAGGUUGAUACCCAAAGUGGAUCCAAACAACAUUUACGAAAAGCAUAUCGGGAACCUAACAGGAAAACCAUUUCUAGAUCCAAGCUUUCAUCUGUAGAGUUAUAUUCUCCGAUGAAGCCUCAGCGUGUGGAAAUUAGCUCACGUUCCAUGGAAGACACUUAUCCAAGCUCUAAAUUCUUAAGUCGAGAAGAAUCUACAGAAACCAUGCCAACGCUCAGCGAAGAACCAAGAGGUGCAUAUGAGCAAGAACCUUCGAAUCCAGAUGUCGUUAAUUACAAUGAAUUUCCCGGACUGCUCAAGAAUGAGUUGAAAGUGAGCACUGUACCGUCUUAUGAAGAAAGAUCUCAAGAUUUUUUAAAGGGUACUCACGAAUCGUCAUUUAAUACACGAAGAGAAAAAAAUAUUGUUCGAAAUCCAAAUAGAUUUUCGUCUGUAAAUAUGCAGACUGAUAACAAAAAAUUUGAAGAUGAGUACUACGACAACUCUCCAGUUUAUAUUGAUGUUGAAAGAUUAUCGUACAAUAUUGGAACAGGAAAAUCGUCAUCAGAGUAUUAAAUGAGGCUAUUAUGUUGAGCAUUGUUUAUAUCAUUAUUAUUGUAAAUAAAUUUAUGCUUAUUUUUUUAUUUGUUUUAUUAUUUUUCAAACUUUAGUUUAUUAAACGUGGUGAGAAGUUUCGUAUUGCAUUGAAC